AUAAAAAUGGCAGUCUUAAAAGGUAGUGUCUCUUUCCUUAGCAUCCAACUUAGAUGUUGCAGCACUGACUACGUACAAGACUAAUUUGAGCACUUUUUAUUUUAGCCACUGUUUUAAGUUGAAGACAUCAUGGAUAAAUAUGAAAUCAUUAAAAAAAUCGGAGAAGGAUCUUUUGGCAAAAUAUUCUUGGCAAAAGGAAAAAUGGAUAAUGAGCCAUGUGUUAUCAAAGAGAUCAAUUUAACUAAGAUGCCUGUGAAAGAAAAAGAAGCCUCUCAGAAAGAAGUCGUUCUUCUGGCCCAGAUGAAGCAUGCAAACAUUGUAACCUUCUAUGCUUCAUUGCAAGAAAAGAACAAGCUAUAUAUUGUGAUGGAAUACUGUGAUGGUGGAGAUUUAAUGAAGCGGAUAAAUAUGCAGCAUGGAGUACUGUUUGACGAGGACCAGAUUCUCAGUUGGUUUGUGCAGAUCUCCUUGGGUUUGAAGCAUAUUCAUGACAAGAAGAUUUUACACAGAGAUGUAAAAGCACAGAACAUUUUUCUUAGCAGUAAUGGAAAGGUAGCAAAGCUUGGGGACUUUGGCAUAGCAAGACAGUUGAACAGCACUAUGGAGUUCGCCCAUACAUGUGUAGGGACCCCCUAUUAUCUGUCACCUGAGAUCUGUGAAAAUCGGCCAUAUAACAACAAAACAGAUAUUUGGUCUCUUGGCUGUGUGCUUUAUGAACUAUGCACAUUAAAACAUCCUUUUGAAGGCAAUAGCUUGCAUGAGCUGGUGCUGAAAAUUUGCAGAGGACGUUUUCACCCAGUGCCUCCCAGCUAUUCCUAUGAUCUGAGGAUAUUAAUUUCCCAGCUGUUUAAAAUAUCACCAAGAGAUCGACCAUCCAUCAGUUCUAUUCUAAGGAAGCCCUUCCUGCAGAAACUUGUUCUCAGGUAUUUGCCCCCUGAGAUGACACAGGAAGAACUCAGUCACACCGUGAUACAUAAGAAAAGACCUUCAGUGCCACAAUCUGGAGCCCGGCGGAUACAAGCAUAUAAACUUCAAAAAGCAAGAGUUCAGGACCAAGUCUCGCUGGAAUCUGGAAUGGUGAUGCAUGUCAAGAAACAAGAAUUAUUUCGAAGAAAUGAAUGGAAACCCCCUUCAAGAGGGCAACAGUUCAUUUUUCAGCCACGGACCUCCAGAUUUAAUAUGGUAGAAAGGCCAGAAAGUAUCAGAGUAUGUGGCCAUUAUGGUCAUUACUAUGAGAAGCUUGACAACUUGCAGAGGAAAGCUAAUGCACAUGAUGACCUUUCUCAUAUCAGCCAGAGAGUUGAAGAAUACUAUAAACUAAAAGCACAAGCUGCAACUCCACCCCCUGACUGGACUGCAGAAUUUCUUCAAAGGCGUUUUGAAGCUCAACAGUACAAGAUUAAAGUGGAAAAACAGCUGGGGCUGAGACCAUCCUCUGCUGACCCGUGUCAUGACAAAAUACGGCAGCAGAAAAUAAAGGAAGAGGGUCUCAAAAACCAUCAGCAGGACAUAUCUAGAAAGAAUGAAAUGAAAGAACAGGAGUAUCUGAAACAAUUGCAGAAAAUUCGGGAAGAAUACCACAACCAUAUAAAAGAAUUCAGAUUUAGAGCAGGAGUACUCCAGGACAUGGAAGAAAACUUUGAACAAGUCCAUCUCCAGGAUAUGCAAGACCAAAAUGUCUUAGAAAAAAAACAUAACAGAAAGGGAGGAGUAAAGUUUGAAAUUAAUUUAGAUGUUUGUGUUCCUGAAGAAGACAGCAUUCAAGAAGCAGAGAUACUAGAUAAACUCAGUGAGACUUUAAGUUUUGUGGAUGGUGAGAAUCUUAAGGAGAAAUUGGUGGAAGUUCAUGAAAAUCAUAUGGACAGAGCUUUGGAAGAACUGUCUGGAUACCAAACAGAGUCUAAUGACGUAGAUGAUACAAAAAAACCCAGAAAACAUUGGCAAGCUGGAGCCCCUCAGACACUACUGAAUUUUUUAGCUGAUGCUGAUGUCACAUCUCUAUGUCCUACUAUGGCUGAAGAUGAACUUGUGGACCAUGCUAUUCUGCCUGAAGACAUCCCAGAAAGCAGGAAGCAGUGGAAACAAACACCACCAGAGACUCUUCUGAACAUCUUAGCAGAAGCAGAGCUGUCUAGUGAUUCCUUUAUCUGUCCUGAACAAGAAAUAGAAGGAAAGUUAACUCUGUUGCCUCCAAAAGAAAACAAGACAGAUGAUUCAGAAACAUGCUCUCCUGUUGCUGUUGAUGAAGGCAGACUUGAGCCAAGAUCAGAUGAUGAAGACACAAAUUUUGAAGAUUCUGAAGAUGAACUCAGACAUGAGCUGGAGGAAUCUCUGGAAAAAUUGGCAGCUUCUCCAGCAGAGAGAACCACGGAGUCUCCCUUCUUUUCAAUAAAUAAAGGUCAAACAGAUGAAGAAAAGAUGAGUUUACCUCACCAACUACUUGGAAAAUCUGAUGACGAUUUAGAAAAUACUCAUGGCUAAUUUAGUGUUCACACACAUCAUGAAAAAUGCAAGCAGGAAGCAAGAGCUACUUAGAACAGUAGGGUUACUGUCACAAAAUUUUAACUUGCUUGAAAUUUCAGCCACAUCAGUAACAAAAUUUAAGGAUAGCUGACAAUAAAUGCUAAGUAAAUGAUCUGCUUUUCAACAGCAUUAAACACUCAAAUAAAAUGGAUA